UGAAUGGAUUGUAUACGUGUGUGAACCAAAAAAAAAAAGAAAUAUAGAUUAAAUCUAAUAUUAAAGCUUACGUUUACGAUGGCGCGCAAUGCAGGCGGCAACAACAAUAAUGCAACCAAAUCGAGCACAACGGGUAAUCAUCACCCGGCAGCCGGUACAGCAGCGGCGGCUGCUGCUGCGGCUGCAGCCGCAGCUAGCGCCAAACACAAGCGGAGCAGCAGCGGCAACAGGAGCUUCAGCUUCAAUUUGUCCUCCAAACUCAUGCUGGACAAGUGGAAGACAUUGGUUGGAUGCGUCUCUUUGGCGGUAGCCAGUUACUUUGGCUAUUUGGGCUACUUGGAGACGCGCGUGAAUACGCCGUUUGAUAAUCACAAGAUGGUAUUGCGCACCGGGUUGGAGGAUCCGGAGCGAUACUGGGGCACAUAUCGACCACACACAUACUUUGGCAUGAAGACCCGCGAUCCACACUCACUGGUCAUGGGUCUCAUGUGGUAUACACCGAGCAAUUUGGGACCAGGCGGUCAGGGCAUACGACACUGGUGCGAGCUGGGCGAUAAGCUGGAUGGUUAUGGUUGGACCCAUCACGAUGGGCGCAGCUUUGGUGUGCAGGAGAUACAAGAUCUGCCCUUUGAGCUGAAGACCUCGUUUGUGAAGUAUCCUGGUGAGAAACAGUAUGGCGGCGACUGGACAGCACGCAUCUCGGUGCGGAAUACAACGCGGGCAUGGGACCGCAGCAUAUCGCUCAUCUGGUAUGUGGCACUGGAUGAGCGCACGAAUGGCCACAUCAAGUAUGUAUCGGAUGAGAAGAGCCCCGAGCCGGGCGUCUAUGGCGAGAGUCAGGGCCUCGGCGAGUUUCAAGUGCGUUUCCAUGCGGUCAAGGGACGCAUUUUGCACAAAUCCUAUUUGAGCACGGUGGCAUCUGGUCUGAGCAAGCUAAAGGAGACCAUAUUCGCGCAUUUUCGGGCGUUUGCAAGCAAGCGGGGCAAUCGCUUUAUUGGUCUGCCCGGCGAGAUUGUCUCCCAGAACGGGGUGCCCUCAACGAAUCCGGAGCCAAAUCUAAUUGCCAUACAGAUCACGGCGGAGGUUGACUUUACGCUGGACAUUACCUAUCAGUCGACAUCAGGCUUUGCCUUGGGUGAGUCCAUACCCAAGCCGCCAACCGGACGCGCCUACACAGACUCGCUGCAGGCAAAGAUUGGCGAAUUUGAUAAACGUUUCGAGGACACCUUUCAGCUGGCCGCCAAUGGUUAUGGGCCCGACGAAAUACGCUUUGCACGGAACGCAUUUAGCAACAUGAUUGGCGGCAUCGGCUACUUCUAUGGAGCCAGUCGUGUGCAAUCUGUGCACACACAAAAUCCGGUGCCAUAUUGGAAGGCGCCGCUCUAUACGGCGGUGCCAUCGCGCAGCUUCUUUCCGCGCGGCUUUCUCUGGGAUGAGGGCUUUCAUGGCCUGCUGAUUAGCGCCUGGGAUGUGGACAUUGAGCUGGACAUUAUAUGCCAUUGGUUUGAUCUGCUCAACGUGGAGGGCUGGAUACCCAGAGAGCAAAUUCUCGGGGCCGAGGCGCUGGCCAAGGUGCCCGAAGAGUUUGUGACGCAGCGCAACAGCAAUGCGAAUCCGCCCACGUUCUUCCUUACGUUGCGCAAGCUGCUCGCCCAGCACAAAGAGCAGCUGUCGCAAAAGGGUCGCUUCGCCACACUGGAGCGUCUCUAUCCCCGCCUCCAGGCAUGGUUCAACUGGUAUAACACCACGCAACGCGGUGAAGUGCUCGGCACGUAUUUGUGGCAAGGACGCAAUGCCAGCACCUUGCGUGAGCUAAAUCCGAAGAGCUUGUCCUCGGGCCUGGACGAUUAUCCGCGUGCCUCGCAUCCCACAUUCCGGGAACGUCAUGUGGAUUUACGCUGCUGGAUCGCACUGGCGGCCAGCGUCAUGGCCGAGCUGUCCACAUUGCUGGGCAAGGAUGAUGUCAAAUAUUAUGAGACUUUCUCCUAUCUGACGGACAAUGAGCUGCUCAAUCGCCUGCACUUGGAUCCAUACAGUGAGCAUUAUGCCGAUUGGGGCCUACACACGGAUUCUGUGGCACUGAAACAGCCGCCGCCGUUGACAACGCAGCGCUCGGCUGGAUCACGCGGCGGUGCUGCUCCACAGCCGCCACAGGAGAAACAACGCUAUGUCACGAAGCAGCCGGAUUACAAGUUUGUCGAUACCAUGUUCGGUUAUGUGAGUCUAUUUCCAAUGCUGCUCGAGCAGCUGGAGCAUGAUUCGCCGUAUUUGGGCAAAAUGUUGCGCGACAUGCGCGAUCCGGAACUGCUCUGGACUAAUUAUGGCCUGCGCUCGCUGUCCAAGAACUCGCCCAUGUAUAUGAAACGCAAUACGGAACACGAUCCGCCCUAUUGGCGUGGACCCAUCUGGAUAAAUAUCAAUUAUCUGGCCGUAAAGGCAUUGCGUCAUUAUGGCAAAAUUGAGGGUCCCAAUGCCGAGUUGGCCCGCAAAAUCUAUGGGGAAUUGCGCGAGAAUCUGGUGAGGAACGUCUUUAGGCAAUAUCAGCGUACGGGCUACAUCUGGGAACAGUACGAUGAUACCACCGGCGAGGGCAAGGGCUGCAAUCCGUUUACCGGCUGGAGCGGUCUCGUCGUCCUACUCAUGGCCGAACAAUUCUAAUACCAUCAUCUCCGAUUGCGGCGAGUUCCUCCUGUGAUAAACUCACGAAAAAAACAAAUAUGAAAAAUAAAACUUUAAAACCGA